CCGCAGGAAGAGAAAAGCUCACCUUCAAAACAACAGAAAAGUCUUCUUACUACAGCAAAAAUGAAGGGUGGUGUUAUCUCAGUUUUGGUGGUGCUAGCCAUGGUUCAGAUCAUGGUGAAGCCUGGAGUCCAGGCCACCGUAACUUGUCAACAAGUUGAUGAUGCUUUGGAGCCCUGCGUUCCUUUCCUUACCUCAAGGGCCGGGCAUCCCACGGCGGCGUGCUGCGACGGUGUGGGGAGGCUCCAGAAAAUCGCUCAAACCCCCACUGACAAGCAAGAAGCUUGCACCUGUGCUAAGGACGCUGCUGCUCGUCUCCCCGCCGUGAAGGAAGACGCCGCCGCAUCUCUCCCUGCUGAGGGACAACACAUCUCUCUCAAAAAGUAAUCAUAUAGAUGAUAUAAUUUAUAAUCUAUCGAUUUUUGAAUUUAAAAAUUUAUAAAAUUUUUUGAAAAACAAAAUAAAAACCCCUCUUGAUCUCCA